AUUCCGCAGGUUGUAAUCAGCAGUUCCGGAACUUUUAAGUAUGUGCUGGCAAGGUUAUGGGACCCCAAGGCGGAAGGAGACGGGCGCAGCAAGUUGUUGGUGUGGGGUGACGUGCGCGCCGCCUAUCACAAUGAUGUGCUUCAGAAAGCCAAAGCGCUGGCACGGCCGCUGGGCCUGCAGGUCACCCCGCUUGGCGGCGGCCGCAUCAACCACGAUUCCGAUGCGCGUGCCGUACAAGUAUACGGCUACAGUGCAGCGUUCGGGCCGGCGCCGCACGAGGUAACGGCGGCAAUUAUCCAUAAGUGGUUUCCUUUGUACGACAGGCAGUCCGUCACGGUGUCGUACGAUGGGUACUGA